AUGUCCACCACAAGAAGCCUUGAAAAACAGGGCUCUGAAAAAAUUCAUGUCGAUGAUAAAUCCAUAACUACUAAUUUGCAGCCAUCACAAGAACCUCUUACCAAAGAAGAACUUCAGUACAUCAAUACAUCAGUGGUACCUCAAAAAUGGUAUCAAUGGUUUUCAGAAUCUGAUUCAAAGCAAGAAAAAAAAUUAAUCAUAAAGCUAGAUUUGAUUAUUUGGGUGUAUCUCUUUUUAUCAUCGUUUGUUAAAACCCUCGAUUCGACUGCUGUAGGAUAUGCAUAUGUGAGUGGGAUGAAGGAGGAUUUGAAGAUGUACGGCAAUCAAUUGACUUACCAGUCUUCCUGUUACAUGGCUGGGUUCAUCGUUGGCCAAAUCCCGCUCACCAUGCUUGCCACCAAACUUCCUAUCAAUUUAUACUUACCCAUAAUGGAUUCCCUAUGGUCUAUUUUCACGCUUGGAAUGUUCAAAAUUACCAACUAUCAUCAGUUGUAUGCCUUAAGAUUUUGUAUUGGCCUCUUGGGGAGUUUCUUUUUCCCCACAGUGCAAUACAUCUUAGGUUCUUGGUACACCAAGUCUGAGAUUACCAAGAGAAGUGCCUUGUUUUUUUGUGCUUCACAAAUCGGAUCCAUGGCUGGUGGAUACAUCCAGGCAUCUGCAUUUGAAAGUCUUGACGGUGUUCAUGGACUUAAAGGCUGGCAAUGGUUGUACUUGUUGGCAUUUAUUAUAACAAUUCCCAUCAGUUUGUACGGGAUCUUCACCUUGCCCGGAUUACCCGAACAUGGCAAUAGUACAACAGUUAAGAUCCUUAGUGAUGAAGAAUUGAGACUUGCACAACUUAGAAUGCUUAGAGAGGGCCGUAGUUCAAACGAUAAGUUAGACUUGGCAACAAUCAAAAAGACAAUCUUAGGAAGUUGGAGAUUUGGAAUGUUGGUUGUAUUUGCCAUCUUCUUUAGUCAAGCAGAUGGAAUCUCUUCCAAUAGUGGGUUGCCUAUCUGGUUAAAGGAAAACAACUAUUCAGUUCCACAAACCAAUACUAUCACCACUGUUAUACCCGCAGUCACCAUUGUGACCGCUAUUGUCAACGGUAUUAUAGUUGACACUUGGCAAACUUCUCAUCCAAUUGUAAUCGCUGUCACCACUGUCCUCAAUAUGGUUGCAGGAAUUAUAUUAGUGGUGUGGCAUAAUGUAAGCAGAGGGGGGAUAUUAUUUGCAUUUUUCCUCUCUGGUACUGCUGAUGGUAUUGCAGCUGUCCUUUAUUCAUGGGCCAAUAUCAUUUGUUCCUCUAAUUCUCUGGAAAGAGCUUUGACCCUUGCCACUAUGAACACUUUGGGUAAUACCUUUAGUGUCUGGGUUCCACUUUUUGUAUGGAAAACUGAAGAUGCACCAAGAUAUUUGAAAGGUUAUUCUUACAACGUUGCAUUAUGUGCCAUGAUGUUAAUCCUUUUGUUUCCAUUGACAUACUUGUGGAGAAGAGAAUCAAAGUCCAAAACCAUACAGAGUGAUACAGAAUUAGAGUAG